AUGGCCUCUCUCGUUGUCCCCUACGACAUGGAGUCAUCCACGAGGUUGAAGGCCCGCACAUACUACGCGCCAGCAUAUCAGCUCUUUGAUGAGCCAGAGGUCCCCUACGACCACAUCUCGACGACGCAUCAAACGACAACGGCCUCCGUUGUUCUCGACGAUGUACUUUCUCCUAUUUCAAUUCCUUCCCUCGAUAAUGUACCUCCCCCCAUUUCAACUAUUUCUCUCGACAAUGUACUUUCUCACUUAUCAACUCUUCCGCCACAGCACACUCUAUACACCCACACUAUCGACGCCCUACCUGGUCCGUCUCAGCUUUCGGAGCUUCGGUCAACACAUGCCCUAGAUGAUCGCCCUAUCGACGACCUAAUUCGAGGAGUGUUAGAUCUGUCUCUUGACGAUGUUCCCACUCAAUUGUUGACACUUGGGCCGCAUCACGCUCUACACGGCCACUCUGUCGACGCGUUACCCAAUAACAUAAAAGUUCUUGCUCUCGACGACAGCCUCGCUAUCAAUAUACUACUCAAUAACACAGACGCUCGUGCUCUCGACGACAACCACGCUAUUGACGCUCCACUGCAACGAUCGGAAGCUCAUACUCUUGGCUUCGAUGCCUCUCAGUCAUCGAAGCUUCAGCUACAACACAUGCUACACGACAACACUAACGACACACUACUCCACGACGCGGGUGCUUUUUCCCUUGACGACGGUCUAUCUCAGUCGUCGGAACUUCAGCUGCAGUCCACCUUGGACGAUACUAUCAACAUGCUGCAGCAAAAAAUGGACGCUCUUUCCCUCGACGACGAUCCCUACUUUUUACACGACGACGACGCCAACACCCUACUCCGAAAUACCGAACCUCUUACUCAUGAUAGUCGCUCUCAGUCCUCGGAAUUUCGACUACAACACACCCUACACGACCAUGCUAUCAACACCGUAUUUCGAAAUGUGGAACCUAUUACUCAGCGGCAGUCCCUCGCAGUCGCCAAAUUUCAGCCACAACACAUCCUAUUAGCCACUGAACUCCGCACGACGUCUACGAAUGACGUCGACGCAUCUAACAUCUCUCCGGUGUCAGAGUCCCCUACGACCAAUCCGGAUGAUACCUAA